UAAUAAAUGAUAGGACUCCCGGCUCAUCAUACAAGGUGCUGGUGCUGUUUGCCCUCUGAAGGACAGAAACACAAUGCAUCUGUGAAAAGCCAAAGAUAACACGGACGUUGUAUUCCUUUUCUUUUACGUUCUGCCCUCUGGAUCUGGAUAUCUGGCCAUGAAUCCUGAAUAGUAAGUAGUUAUGAGUUGUGAGUGACAAUGGCAUUUAUAGCAUUAUUUGUGUGGUUGUUGAAGUAGGAUGUGGUGUCAUGUUUAGGUAGGCUAUUGUCUUGGAAAACAUUGUAGCUACUGUUAAAGGCCCCUUUAGGUUUAUGGUAGAAUAAAAUGCUCUCUGAACUUGGGACACUUUUUUGUUGCUUUGUAUGCAAUAACCAUAGUGUAUGUUAGGUCUAUCAAUGGUGUGUUUAUUUUUCAUCCUACUUGAUAUAAUCAACCUGAAUAAUAAUGUAAUGUAUUCCUCAGCGACUACCUGUUCAAGCUGCUUCUUAUAGGAGACUCUGGUGUCGGCAAGUCUUGCCUGCUCUUGCGGUUUGCGGUAGGCAUGGUGUUAAAAUAGAAUGCACACAAUCUUUGGUGUUGUUCCAUAUAGCAAUGAGUCUAGUGCAAACAGAAAGCGAAGGCCAUUUCCUUUGUGGAAAGGACACUGCAAAAUGUCAUCAAACCCAGUAAUUAACCACUGUUUGAAGGUUUGUUCAGCCCAUUCUCCCAUUGUAAAUAAUAGAACUGCUCAGUGGUCUCUACUCCUCAGGAUGACACCUACACAGAGAGCUACAUCAGCACAAUCGGGGUGGACUUUAAGAUCAGAACCAUUGAAAUGGAACAGAAGACUGUCAAACUACAAAUUUGGGACACAGCCGGACAAGAAAGAUUCCGGACCAUCACAUCCAGCUACUACAGAGGAGCACAUGGGAUCAUCAUUGUGUAUGAUGUCACUGAUCAGGAGUCCUUUAACAACGUGAAGCAGUGGUUGGAGGAGAUUGACCGCUAUGCGUGUGAAAAUGUCUCCAAGUUGCUUGUGGGAAACAAGUGUGACUUGGUCUCUAAAAAGGUAGUGGACUUUGCCACUGGUCAAGAAUUUGCUUCAUCCCUAAAGAUUCCAUUCCUGGAGACCAGUGCGAAGAAUGCUGAUAAUGUAGAGAAAUCAUUUUUAACCAUGGCCUCUGAAAUACAGAAGCGUGUUGGAAGUGAUGGUGUUCAGAGUGAGGCUGCUAAAGUGGGCAACAAGAUAAACAGUGCACCCCUUUGGCCUGGGGGGAAAGAGGAGGCUGCCCCAGAGGAGGGGAAUUCUUGUUGCUAAUGCCAUACACAAACUACAAAAUAAGAGAAUCAAUGAAUUUAGACACUAUCUUAAUUUCCUUUUGUUUUGUUCAGAAAUGGUAAUUGAUCCUUGUGAGUACAGCUAUGCAAUAGUUAUGCGGUAGCCUGUUCCAACAGUGCAUAGAAUGUGGCCCGCGGAAAGGCACCCUUUGAAUUAGUCGGUACCAUUCUAAUGUAAUAGCUGAACACAGACAGCAACCGUGCUACCUUUGAAUGGCCUGGGUUUCGAACAUGUGACAAAAAACAACAGUUGAUUUACCAAUGUUUGCUUGAUGCUUUGAACAUGUAAGGUGACUUUUGGGUGUAAUUUUAUCUGUAACAUUUGUGAAGAACUGAUUGUUUUGGUUACCACUGGUGGUCAACAAGUAAUUUUUUCUUGUGUUAAACAUUUUUUGAUUAACGUUGUUUAAUGAAGACAAUAAAUUAUAUAUUUGCGGCUUAA